CUUCAUCCGGGUACUUGGAGAGUCACCAUUGACAGCCGAAGCACAACUUUUCCCCAGGCAAAGUGAAAUCAAGCCGCGGACUCGGACACAAUCUAGUCCCCGCUUUUCAACUUAAAUUAGUAGGAGGAAGGCGCGGCGACCCCCCUAGGAGCAGUCCGGGUCACCCGGCCGAACCCCGGACGGUAGCCAUCCGGCGCUCGACGCCUUUGCGGCGGCUUCCGAGCACUUUAGGGGACGGGCGGAAAGUCGGUGAUGAGUCCCGGGCUGCAAAAGAACAAGCGACAACUUGCUCUCCGAGCCGACUAGUUCUUUGGCUUCUUAUUGUCGCUGGAAAAUUGGACCCAAAGUUGGCGUUGCUCGCGUCCAAAGUGAGAGUAAAGUGCUUUUGUGCACGGAACAUGGAGGUACAAGGCCCGCAAGAGGCUCUCCAAGUGGAAAUCCAAUGUCAUCAGAAUCCGACGCUGUGCAAAGGCCUGAAUGAACUCGCGAGCGGACAGAAGCCGGCGGUGCGGAGUUGCCCGGUGGCGGCGAGCAAGCCCCCGUCCCUCAUCAAGCCCCCCGGCCAGGCCGCGGUGCCGACGGCGCACCUCAACGGGCAGAAGAUUCCCGCCGGUUCGGAGCCGCGGACGGGCUGCAGGGCGGCGCCGGGGGUCGGCGCUCACCCGCCGGCCGCCGGGACCACCCCGGACCUUCCUCCGACGCAGAUGACGGGCUCGCCGGCCUCGGGUCUCCUCAAGGUGCCUCAAGUGGGCUCCCUGCACCGCCUGGCCGGUCACGCCGCCAGCGUCCUACCUCAGGUCAGGCCAAAGUCGCUGAUGCCCGACAGCCUUCCCCGCAGUCCGUGCCAGGAGCCCCCCCAGGCCCCGCAGCUCCGCGGCUCCUCGGCGCUCGCCGGCCCCACCCUGCCCACGCCCAACGGCACCCUCGCCCCCCGCCGGCAGCCUCGCGACGGCGCCGCGGCGGCCCCGGACUCGGGCGGCCCCGCCCGGCACGCCUCGGGCGGGGGCGGAGCCGGCGCCGGGGUGGCCUACGCCAUCAUCGCCGCCUCGCCCGCCCACGCCAACGGCGCGGCUGCCGUCGGCGAGGCCGUCAAGGUGAUCAUCAUCCAGCCGCAAGCGCCCCGCGACGGCGAGGGAGCGGCGCUCGGCCUCCCGUCGCAAGACGAUCCCGCCGGCUCCCCUUCCCGCAGGAUUGACGAGGACCCAGAGAAAAUUUCCUUCAUGGUCGCGCUCGGUCUCGUGACCAACGAGCACCUGGAAGAACUCCGGCUGAGGAGGCAGGAGAGGAAAAGGCGCAGCACGGCGAAUCCCGCCUACAGCGGCCUCUUGGAAGCCGAGCGCAAACGUCUGCCGUCGCAUUACCUGACGGCUCCGCUCUUGGCGUCGGCGCCAGACUCGGAGGAUUUCUGCUGGAAGGAUGAGGCGGAGCGGGACGGCCUGUCGCGGCCCUGCGAGGACUGCCCUCGAGCCUUCGGCCCGGACUGCCUCCAGCCGCCGGGCGCGGGACCCCGCCGCUGCCCCAAGUGCCACAAGAAGGUCCUGAACGCGGAGAGCGCGCCGUGGCCUCGCGACGUCGCGCACAAGACGGCGCGUCGGGAGGAGAAGCGGCGUCUGCUGCGGCGCCACGGCCAGCUGAAGGAGGAGUGCGCUCACCUGGAGGAGGAAGACCAGCAGCUCAACCAGACGCUGCAACGCUGCCUGGAUCAACGGGAUCGUCUGGCGGCGCGGCAGCGGGGCGCGCUGGCGGCGCUGGAGCGGCUCAAGGCGCUCAUCCGGCUCAUCCGGGUGACCCAGACCGAGCCCGCCUCCCCGGCGCCGCCGUCGCCGUCCUGGAUGAAAAGCGGGCCCUCGGUCUCUCCCUUCUGGACCUCGCCAGACAACGACUCGCCUUAACCCAACA